GAAGGAAGUAACCAAUUCAUCUUUUCCCCAAAUCUCCUGAGCAUUUGCAUAAAAGCCUCCCAACCUUCCCCCUUCACUAAUUCACCGAUAUAUCAGAUGAAAUCCUAUCUCCUCCUUAUCCGAUGAAAUCAUAUAUAUCCUCCAGAUCUGAGCUGAGGAGCGAAGGAGGUUAUGACAUUGUCAGGGCGGAAAAUGUUCAGUAGUAUUAGUAGAAGAACAGAGGAGGAGGAAGAGGAGGAGGAGGAGGAGGAAGAAGCAGUCGACGAAGAAUUAGAAGUCGAGAAUGGUCGGAGGUGCGGAAAGGGCCACAGUUGGAGAGUAGUUGUGGAGACAUCGCAGGGUGGGAUCAUCUGCUUGGCUUGCUUUUCCGCCCUCUUAUCCGACCCAUCCUCUCCUUCUCACCACGUCUCCUACGCCCUCUCUCAGAUCUCCUCCUUCCUAGACUCUUCUAACUCCCUCGUCCUUCUUCACCAUCACGAUGCCCACAGGCUUCUCGUUCCCUCUCUCGUCUGUGCCCUUUUCUGCGAUAGCUUCACCCGAGACGAAACCCUAGCGCAGCACCUCGUCCAUCUCAUCUCCUCUCUCUCACAUCAACACCACACCGAUGACUCUGAAGCUGCUGCUGCUUUCUCCGGCCAUCUCAUCAUGCAGAUUACGGAUCAGCUCUCCUCUUCCACCACCAUCACUACUUUGAUUCCGCGCCAAAUUUACGCGCUGCAUUGCCUGGGCAUCCUUUUAGAUUCUCAACGCGAUGGUGAUCCAACAUCUCAUAUUAGAGGCAAAACAUCUCUUUUCUCUAACCUCGUAGCUGGCCUUCGGCUUCCGAGUGAAGAGAUACGAGGUGAGGUCUUGUUUGUGCUCUUUAAGCUCUCUGAUAUCCACGCAACACCGUGGGAAGAUGCUAAUUGUGACAAUAAUGAGGGAGAUGAUUCCUCGUUCACUGGACUGAAGCUUCAGCUUCUACGUCUAUCACUUGAAGCUCUGCAUAAAACGCAGCAUGAUGAUGUCCGCAUUAAUUGUUUAGCAUUGCUUACAGUGUUAGCACAAAGAGGAUUUUUUGGAAUCUUAUUAGCAGCUAGUCAAAGUGGUACAAGUUUUGAAGCAACGAGGUAUCUGAUGCAAGUAGGUGAAGCAGAUUUGCGGACUCCUCUUAUUAACUUGUUUGCUGAUGCUGUUAAAGGCCCUUUGCUUUCUACUGAUACCCAAGUGCAAAUCAGAACGUUGGAUUUGAUCUUGCAUUCUCUAUCAUCAGAUGCCAAUUGUGGGCAACAAAUUCAAAUCUUUGUUGAAGAAAAUGUAGCGGAUUAUGUUUUUGAAAUACUAAGAAUGUCAGCAGGAAACAAGGAUCCCCUGGUUAUUUCUGGCAUCCAGGUUCUCUUUCUUUUAUCAACUGCACAGGAAGCCUUCAGAGAGAGGCUUACUAUUGGAUUUCCCACAUUGCUUUUUGUUCUAUAUUACGUAGCAGAUAUACCUCUUCACCCUGUUCAAUCUCAAGUGUUACAGCUUGUUUUGAGAAGUAUCGUAGAUUGCCCAGGUGUCAUAUCAAUGCCUCAAAUAGAAGAAAUUUCUCUAAUUUUGAUAAAAAUAUUCAGAAAGUGUACUAGUGGGGAAGUAGGUCUACAAUCUGAAUCCUUGAUGUUGGCGUGUUCGGCAUUUGUGGAGAUUCUUAAAUUACCAUCUGCCACCCAUAUGAAAAAUUUUGCAACAAUGAUCCGAGAAGCAUUAACAACUUUAAUUUUAUCGUCUCUUUCUUUAGCCCAAGGAAGUUGUAAUCAACUUUUGCUUUAUGCUCUCUACCUACUGAAAGAGGCACAUUUGUACAGUCUUGACAUUUCAAAUUCUGAGAACAAAUUGGAGAUGGGCAUUGUUGAGAUAUGUGAAGUCUAUCUUUUACCAUGGCUUGAAAGGCAAAUUGAUGGAGUGGAGGAGGAAGUGGUGGUGGAUGUCCUUGAAACAUUUCACCUAAUUUUACUUAGGGGCUCUGAAGUUGAAACACAUAACUUUGCUGAGGUAUUAGCUUCAUCAUCUUGGUUCAGCUUGUCUUUUAGGUACUUGGGUUUAUUUCCAUCUGAAGAGAUGAAGUCAAGGAUAUAUCUAAUGUUCAGUUCAGUCGCUGACAGAGCUGUUGGUGUUGAGUUUGGACAUCCCAUCAGAGAUGCCUACAUGCAUCUCCCAUCAGACCCUAUGGACUUGCUAUUUUUACUGGGACAAAAAAGUUCAUAUGAUCGUGACUUGACAUGUUGUCAGCGAGCAGUUAUUACGAUGCUAUAUGUUAGCUCAUUGUAUGGUGAGAGCCUUGCUGAUCAUAUCCAUGUGCUGGCUUCACUGGAACAAUUUGUAAUUGUUAAUGGAGGCAACUUCACAUGUGGAAUUGCUGAUUCCAUUAUGCUGACUCAGGUAGUGAUUCUUUAUGGACUUGUUAGAGGCACAGAGAUGGGUUGCCACAGGACGACAUACAGUCCAGAAGCUGAAAGGGAGCUAUUUCAUUUGAUAGCUGAGCAGGAGUGGGACUUUCUAAGGAUGGGUUCACAUCCAAUAUCAUUGAAAUGGCUUUUCCAACAAGAAGAGAUUAUGGUGCCCUUAUUAAAUCAGUUGCUUAACUUUUGUAGAAGUUAUAAUAAAACCCAUAUUAAUAUUCAAGCCAGUGCAAUCCAGAUAAUCAACAUACCCAUGAUCACAGAACUAGUUCUUUCCCAGGAUAAUAACAUGACACUACUUCUGGUAUCACUGCUGAAACAGGUGCAUGAUUAUUUUAUAGAAGAUGACCUGAUUUCUACUCUGAAUGUCAUUGCUGGAAUUCUGGAUAUCUGUCCCGAGGCUUCUAACUACUUCUGCAUGCAAGGCAUUUGCAAUGCUCUUCACCAUGUAUAUACCUCAGCACAUUGUUCGUCACAGAUCUUUGAUAUCUGCUCCAGUUUAGUCUUGAAAAUCCUUUCCUCGGUGAAUCAUCGAACAAUUUCUGAAGAGGGAGAAUGGCUUGCUAUUGCAGUGAAGUUGCUAGAGUUCUUGAAUGCUAAAUUGGAAUCUACGUUGUGUGAUGAAGAAAGUUUUGUAGUAAUUGGCAUAUUUUGUCUUGUCCUGCACCAUUCCGCCAACCAUGUGCUAAAACACACUUCAAGGGCCAUCCUUCUUAACAAAUCAUUGAUUUCUGCAGUUGAUGCCAUAGUACAAACAGUUUCUGCAAAAGGUCCAUCUUUAGCUGAUGAAGAAGCAGGCAUGGAGCACUGCCUUAUAUUUGUUCUUCUGUUAUACUUUUUCUCUUUAAAAAGUUUGUUUACUAAUUUUCAGGAAAUUUUGUAUUGGAAAAAUUUUCUCCAGUCACCAGAUGAUGAAGUGCAACAACUAUCGGUUAUUUGCAUAAGAUGCCAUGAUCUAUGCAGGUUGAUGCAUUUUGGUCCACCUUUGGUCAAAGUGGUUGCUUCACAGUGCUUGGUGGAGGUGCUGAGUGGAAUUUCUGAGCAGAGGAAUAUAAAUCAUAACGAGCUACGAUGCUCGUUGAACUAUUUAGAAUCUAUUGUGAUGGUGAUUGAAGGGCUAGUAUUCUGUGGAGACUACGUGGUGGCAAUGAACUGUGCCAUGUGUUUGUCUAUGCUAUUAAGGUGGGAGAAGCUGGGUUUAGUGGAGAUUGGGGUGAUCAUAGGUUCUAAGUGGUCCAGGUUAAUUGUGGAGGAACUUGUAAUGACCUUGGCAACUCCAAAUCUGGCAUCUAAAUGCCUUGCUAAUCAGCACAAACCUGCAGCUCGUAUUGCUGCUGCGUUGCUUAGAAUGGACAAGAUACCGGGAUGGAUAAGAUCUGUUUUUGACAACUCAUGCAUCUCGGGGAUUGUUGAAAACAUUUCUGCUGGCAGUUUGAGCCCGGACAUUGUUAUGUUGUUACGAGAGCUUAUGACUCGGAAUUAUCUGAGCAAGGAUCAAGUUGCUUGUGUACAUCACUUAUUUCAGGUAUACAGAAACCAAGCGUAUGAGGAUAUCACAAAAGUGACUUUCACGAAGCAAUCAAUAGAGACGGUGGUUGGAAUUCCCGAUGAUAUCGGUAAAAUGCGCAUCAUGCUUUUCAACCUUAUGUUAUACCCGUCAGCACUUGAUCCUGUAGUGCCAACGGAUCAUAAUAGGUUGUUGGAAGAAAUUGAUAUGUUCUUUCAUGAGUCAUCAAUUUUAUUGUGAGAGAGCUAAAAGUAGUACCGAACAUGCUUGUUUUGGUUGUUUAUAGUCACAUAUACCUCUAAAUAUUAUAAUUUUGGUUGUUUAUAUGGAGUUUAUUAUUUUUUUUUUUUGCAGAUAGAUACUCUGAGAAUAAAAGUGAACAAAUUGUUAACGGUUGUAUGUGUAUAUUUUAUGGUUAACUUGCCUAGUGUAUAUGCAUUGCACA